AACAGCACCAGCCCACCAACCACGUACUCCUCGCUACACUGUCGCCUCUCAGUACCUCAAAUAAUGGCCUUCAAGGGAAUAUUCAGUGUGGUGGUGUUGGCUGCGGUGAUGGUGACGAGUCACGCGGCAGAACAACAACAGAAGUCCGUGAAGGAGGAGGACCCUAGAUUCUUCCUCACUACUACCGGCACCAACCAGUCCGUCACUAUAGGCAACGAAACCAUUGUCUUCUUCGGCCUCCUCAUCCUGGGUCUAAUCGUGGCAGCCAUAGUCAUCCCCUUGGUGUUGACAACCACCGAGGCUUCCGGGGGUUAUUCUGCGCCAGCGACCUACAGUGCUCCCCACGCCCACGAGGAGAGUUCUUACGCCGUCCAACGCUCUCUAGAGAACGCCGCUAAGAAGUUCCAGUAGUCACCCCAGCCAGCUCCUGCACACGAUCAAGUGAUCAUCAAGCAACACCUCUGCUGGCUACUUUACCAUCAUCAUCCCUUACUUACAAACUCUGUGAUUAUUUAAAUAUAAACUAUAUUCCUUGACCCUCA